UGGUAUUUCUGCUGAGCGUGUGCAUGUGUGUUUCUGCUGAGUUCCACUGGACGAAUGCUCCCUCCCCACCCUUGCAAUAAAAGCCUCGCUGGCACGAGGACGCUUCAUCGCUGCAGAGGAGCUCAAGUGUCCCGAGAAAUAGACUCAACCUCAACUCGCCCUUUGGAGCCACUCAGCGUGCUUUCGUCAUGGCGAGAAACCUGCUAAAGAAUCCCUAUGGAGAGGAGCAGCUGGAAUUCUGGGAGCUGACAGAGAACGGUGGAAGCCAGUGGAGGGUGGAGGACAUGCCGGGAGACUGUGGCCAUGACUUCAGCGAUGCAGCUGUGACAAAAUACUUUGCAACCUCCUUUGAGCUGUGUCUGAAGAGACAGCUGAUUGACUUACCAGAGGAAGGCUUCACUAGUGAACAGCUGGAUGCACAACCUGUUGUAGCAGUGGAAGACUGGUACUGUGGGAGGCAAGACUGUGGCUGCACCUACCAUAUGACCGUGUGUCUGCUUGAUGACAACCAAGAGGUCUUGGAGGAGUUCAAACCUGAGCCCGUUACCUUGGAUCCGGAGUCUGACGACUGUUCAUGGAAACAGGUCUCCCACGCAUUUUCGGAGUAUGGCCCCGGUCUGCGCUACAUCUCCUUUGAACAUGGAGGGAGCGACAAAAAGUACUGGGAAGGGUGGUUUGGAGUGAGGGUGACUGGGAGCUCUAUUACUGUGCAGGUGUAAAUAACAAUGUAUUGUAUAACAUUGGUGUGAUCAUUUAAAUAAGACCACCUUUGCCUUAUGUAUCGAGCUUACACCUGUUCUCUCCUAAUAGUACUGUUAUUUUCCCUGUGUUAAUAAACAGACAACAGUAUAUGCUAAAUAACGUAGCGUAGAACUGCACUGCACCAUACUGAAAAGUUGUUCAUAGUACCAUUUAGCUGUGAGUGACGACCGGAUAACUUCCAUUUCAGUUUGACAGCAACUGUUUAUUUAACAUUGAAAUAAUAAAAACAACACAAAAUGAA